AAGUAGGGAGGGAUUUACCCCGCUUGAACGGACAUGCCUGGAAGUUUAGGGAAAAGUUCCAGGUAUUACCGGCAAAUCAAUGAGUUUUUGCAAUCGCUACGAGUGAAUGUGAGACGCUGAACAAAAUGGCACGAACAGCGGGACAUUUCGUUCAGCAGGUGAGGUGGCCGUCAGAGGGAGAUGACUGCCAACAAGAGUUCCAAAACUGCACCAAAAGCAGGAGCGGCUAAAGGUCCACAGGAAAACUCAGACAGGUGUCAAUCUGUGUCCCCACCUCCAAUUCUUACCACUGGAAAAGAGUCAUGUUCCUCUCACCUCAGUGGCAGUGAAGACGCCAGUCAGCAGGGAAGGUACGAUAAAGCUGACGCUAAACUCUGGACUCAAAAGAACUGGAGCUGUAAGACCGCCAGCUUGAGAAGUGGCGCCUCGCUCUCUGACUUUGAAUGCCAAAGCAGGCUCACCAAAUCUAGGAGCAUUAGCUGUCUGGACAAGAGGCUCACCAUCCAGAACCCACCAAGUGGCAAUAACCAGGAUCAGAAGGAGAACCAGCCGCAACAGGCCCCCCCUGUGGGGGAUGGAUUGAAUCCUGGACCCCUCAGCUGGAGUACUCUUUCAGUAGGACCUACAACCAAGCUUGGGCACAAGCGCACGCUCUCACUCAGUCAUACAGGGACCUGCAUCUCAUCCGUCGCCAUACGCAAAAAGAUCUCGGAAUGGGAGGGUCGAAAGGCGGCUCUGCCUAGAAUGAGCCUUUGCCUGGAGAAGAGGCCUGGAGGUGGAAGCGAGUGUUGCCCAAGCCUGCUGUCCUCACCCUGCAGCGAGAAAACCUUUGACUUUAAGGGUGUGAGGAGGAUGAGCACAGCAUUUUCGGAGUGCUCCUACCCUGAAAUUGAGGAAGAUGAGCACGUAUCGGAUCGAGAAGCUCCUUUAAGGUUCCAGAAGAGGCCUUCAAAGACAGAGUCCUCAGGGAUUUUCGUCCGCACGCUCUCGGCACGCAAGGAGACCUCAGCCGUGCUCAGCCGCAUUCAAAAAAUUGAACAGGCCUUGAAGGAAAGUCCCUCUUCGUCUCCUCCACAGUAUCUUAGUAAUUGCUACAGCCUUGACAAGUCCAGACAGAAGUCUUUCAUCAUAAGUGGAACAGAGGACUUGGACAGCACUUGUGGCAGCAAGCGGAGCAGCAUCUGCUCCGUGGCCACCGAACCCGAAGUUUCUCCAGGGUCUGAAAGACUCUCUAAGCUCAAGCAGAGGUUCAGCAUCAGCUCUACCAGGUCAGAGAGCCCAGAACUCUCUUCUGCACAGGACUCUCCUGGAAUCACAGUGAACCCUUUGCCCAAACCCAAACGAACAUUUGAGUAUGAUACCAACCGCAACCACAGAGGCUUGUUGCCUGGUAAUGGACUAGCUCCCACCACUGAAUCUCCACCUCCACUUCCUUCCACCCCAGCACCUGCUAUAAUGAGAAAUUCAAAGACAGAUGAAAGCUUGCCUAAGAAGACUCAAGAUAGAGAAUCGUGUGAGUCAGAAGAUGCUGUCAGCCUGCCUUCCUCAUACCCGUCCUCACCCACAGAGAAUGGCACAGAGAACCACAGUCGGCCCAGCUCCAAGAGCACACUCGAGGAGAAUACCUAUGAGGACAUAGUGGAGAAAGAGAAUCCAUAUGAGGAUGUAGAUCCAGUGAGGAGAUGUCUGGCCAGAAAUUCCCGCCUGUUACCCGAGAGGUCCCGGGACUCACUCAACAAGAUGUGGACCUCCCAGGACAGGAAGUCCAUUACACCUCCCCAGCUGCCCUCUAAACCGAGUAGUCAGUCUCUGCGGCUGCCAGGUCCUGCUGACAGGAAGAGCCAGCACACAUCCCGCCUGUCUAAGAGGCACAGCCAUGAUGACAUGCUGCUGCUACCCCAGCUGGGCAUGCCUUCCUCCCACUGUGGCCUAUUAGAUGACAGCCUGAACCCUUCCACCGAUACAUUGGCGUCCCACAGGCAGAAACGAGUCCCCAAGGUGGUGCAAAGAAUAAACUCUAUCUACUGUACAAAAAGAGGAAAGAAGAGGCUAAAGAAACUUUCGCUUUCAAACAUAGAAACUGCGUCUCUAAGAGAUGACAACAGCGAGAGUGAAAGUGACUCUGAUGACAGGUUUAAAGCCCACACUCAGAGGUUACUGAAGCUGCAGUCAAUGCUGCGAAGUGCACCCAGUUACAGGACUCUGGAGCUGCAGCUGAUUGAGUGGCAGGAAAGGGAGCUCUUUGAGUACUUUGUGGUGGUCUCACUGAAGAAAAAGCCCACCAAAAACUCUUAUACUCCAGAAGUCACUUACCAGUUCCCUAAGUUAGAGAGACUCACCAAGCAGAUGAGGGAAGCUGAACAGAGACUCAAGGCUAUCCCACAAUUCUGCUUUCCAGAUGCCAAAGACUGGAGCCCUGUGUCUGAAUACAACAGUGAGACCUUCUCUUUCAUGCUCACCGGAGAAGAUGGCAGUAGACGCUUUGGGUAUUGUAGACGGCUUCUGCCGAUUGGGAAAGGGCCUCGUCUUCCUGAAGUGUAUUGUGUCAUCAGCCGACUGGGCUGUUUCAGCCUAUUUUCCAAGAUCCUUGAUGAAGUGGAGAGGAGGAGAGGGAUUUCGGCUGCUCUGGUGUAUCCUUUCAUGAGGAGUGUGAUGGAAUCUCCUUUCCCAGCACCAGGCAAAACCAUAAAAGUCAAAACCUUCCUGCCUGGAGCAGGAAAUGAGGUUAUUGAGUUACGAAGGCCCAUGGACUCCAGACUAGAGCAUGUGGACUUUGAAAGUCUGUUCAACUGCCUGAGUGUACGACAGGUGGUACGUGUUUUUGCCUCUCUGUUGCUGGAACGAAGAGUCAUCUUUGUGGCUGACAAGCUGAGUACUCUUUCCAGCUGUGUUCAUGCGGUGGUGGCUUUGCUCUACCCGUUCUCCUGGCAGCACACCUUCAUCCCUGUGCUGCCCACCUCCAUGGUGGACAUCGUCUGCUGUCCCACGCCCUUUCUAGUCGGGAUUCUCUCCAGCUCACUGCCAAAGCUCAAGGAACUACCCGUGGAGGAGACUUUAAUGGUCGAUCUUGGAAAGGACCGCUUCAUCAGACAGAUGGAUGACGAGGCCUCUCUAUUACCACGCAAACUGCAAGCUGCUCUGGAGCAAUCUCUCGAACAGAGGAACGACAUCAUCAAUCAAGACUCCGACAGCGAAUCAGAUGAAGAGUGCACCACCUCUUUGAACAGUGUUGUAUCAGAGGCCUUCAUCCGCUUUUUCCUGGAAACCAUUGGCCACUAUUCGCUGUUUCUUACCCAGGGCGAAAGAGGGGAGCGCAACUUCCAGCGCGAAGCCUUCCGCAAGUCAGUGGCCUCCAAGAGCAUCCGGCGAUUCCUGGGUGUCUUCAUGGAGUCUCAGAUGUUUGCUGGAUUCAUCCAGGAUAGGGAGAUGAGGAAGUGUAGGGCCAAAGGUCUAUUUGAGCAGAGGGUGGAACAGUAUCUGGAAGAGUUACCAGACACAGAACAGAGUGGAGUCAACAAAUUUCUGAAGGGUUUAGACUGUGGACAUUUUCUACGAAUGCUACAUCUGAAGACCUAACACGGCUAAGUCAAGUAUGUUAAGAUGUGCCUGUUAUGUUGACUCUGAUAUUUUUGUACAUAUUUAUGGAAGCUGUGCUGUUAAUCACAUGUAGCUCUGUUGUUACCUUUACUGGUACUUUGUAUAUGAAACUAGAGAAAUAAUAGGAUGGUACUGAGAGUAUGAAUGGUUAUAUUGCAGUAUAACCUCCACCCUUGGAGAUAACUGUGUUGAGCUGGAUGAGAUGAAUGGAAACUUGACAGGUGGAUGGAUGUACAGUGGCUAUGUAGUAUUUAAUGCUAGAAUUUCUCCAUGAACUGUAUUUUGUACAUUUAUUAACACAUGAAGAGUAUAAUUACCUUAUUUACUAUGUUUAAUGAAAAAAAUCAAUAAAGGUUUUCUGUUAACAUCUCAUUCUGCAUUAAUUAACAACAUUGUUACAAAAUGUUUAGGACCAUAGAAGCAGACCCUAGCAUGCUGUCUGUUCAGAGGAGAUAUUCCCAUCCCUGGCCUUUUCGUGUAGCAACAAUGAAUAAUACACUGGGAAUGUUUUGAAACUUGACACAAUUUUGCUACAUUAAAGGAACAUACGUAUAAAACUCCUGAAUUGGUCAUAUGUGU